CCCCGCGGCCCCAGCAGCGCGGGCUCGGGAGGCGGCGCGGGGCGCUGAGGCCAGGCCCCCCCUCCUCCGCUUGGCGCGUCCUCUCACCCGGAGGCGGGGAAGGCGGACGCGACCGCGGCCUCGACGUCGGCGGCCGCGCCGCCCGCGAAGGGAAGCGCCUUAUAAGCCGCCGCUCGGCCGGACCCGCGGCUCGUCGCCGCGCCAUCCCGGAGAGCUCGCGGAGGCCGGGCCGACCCCAGACAGACCCCGACUCCGGACAGACUCCCGACCAGCGCCGGCUCCGGACAGAUCCUGGAUCUGUCCGACUCCGGACAGACCUCGGACGGACCCCGGCCCCGGACAGACACCCCGGCUCCAGACCGAUCCCGGCUCCGGACGGACCCCCCGCGGACCCAGGCCCGGGCGGGCGCGCCCCCUGCCGGCCGGGGCAUGCUCGGCCCGCGGCAUGGCCUCGGCGGUGUUUGAGGGCACGUCGCUCGUGAACAUGUUCGUGCGCGGCUGCUGGGUGAACGGCAUCCGCCGGCUCAUCGUCAGCCGGCGCGGCGACGAGGAGGAGUUCUUCGAGAUCCGCACCGAGUGGUCGGACCGCAGCGUGCUCUACCUGCACCGCAGCCUGGCCGACCUGGGCCGCCUGUGGCAGCGCCUCCGCGACGCCUUCCCCGAGGACCGGCCCGAGCUGGCGCUCGCGCCGCUGCGCGAAGGGCUGGUCGCCAUAAAGGAUGCCCACGACAUCGAGACCAGGCUUAACGAAGUGGAGAAGCUGCUCAAGGCCGUCAUCAGCAUGCCGCGCAAGUAUUCCAGGUCAGAAGUCGUGCUCACCUUCUUUGAAAGAUCUCCCCUGGAUCAGGUGUUAAAAAAUGACAACGUCCAUAAAAUUCAACCCAGCUUUCAAAGUCCGGUGAAAAUAUCAGAAAUCAUGAGGUCCAAUGGAUUUUGCUUAGCAAAUACCGAAACAAUCGUUAUUGACCACAGCAUACCAAACGGAAAAGACCAGCACGCAGCUGUGGACCCCUCGGAGCACCUGUUUGAGAACGGCGGUGAGUUUGCCUCCGAGCUGGAGGAUGGAGAUGACCCAGCAGCUUAUGUCACCAACCUGUCCUAUUACCACCUGGUGCCUUUCGAGACGGACAUUCUGGACUGAGUCUCCACGGGGCCCCUCCUCCCCCAGCUGGUGACCGUGGCUCCGCUGAAGUCCAUCAUGCCAGGGACCGGUCCUACCCAGCCGCCCGCGCCCACGGAGACCGUAAGUCUCCGACAACCAGGAGUCGGGUUACAGGGGUCCGGCACCCCUGCUGCUUCUAGGGGUCUUCCUGGCCUGUGUAUGCAUCCCCGGGACAUGCCCGCUCCACGCCUGGAGGGGCCACAAGUGCCUGCAGGACGUCCCGGGCCGGGUCUGGACACCGGCUCCUCCCCCCACGUCUCCUUCCUCCACAAGCGCACAGAACAUUUUGCGUGGCAUCUUGGUGAGUCACCAAGUUCUGGACAACACAGGCGGGUGUGUUCUGUCAUCCAGGAUUUCCCUGGAAACCAGGACGUGCAGCUUCCAUUCCUGUUUUUUAUCUUCUAUCCGGAAACUGUGGGCUUCGCGUCAGCCAAGGGAGUGUUUGCGGAAGGUUGGUUGUGAACGGGGUUUUGGCCGCGGGCAUAGGGGAACCACUGACUGGUGCCUGUGUGAUGAACUCUGAGUGGUGACGAUUCUCCCGAGAGGAAGGAGUCCCCACCUGGGCUCCUACGAGGGCUGACAGCACAGUGACCCCUGGGCGGCUGAGGGUUCCCCUUCCUGCCGGUCACCAGGAUCUCAGUGAUAUAUUUGCCAUAUCAACCUGAGUGGACGGGAAUCAGGGGGUCACCGAGUGCCCCCAACGAGUCUCCCUCUGCCUUCGGGGAGGCUCUGGGCUCUGCGUGUUCAUCUCCUCACAGAGAAUACUAACGACCAGAAUUUCUCGUGUAAAUAAUAGUAAAUUAUUGAGAAUCCUAAUUCUUUUACACAGUCUGUUUUUUAAUCUAUUUUAAUUAAAUAAAACACAUUACUCUACUUU